CUAAUGGAGAACUACACUAAAGCUUUACGGCCUGUGGAGGACACAGACAAAUCCCUGAACGUCACUCUGCAGAUCACACUCUCACAGAUCAAAGAUAUGCUACACGUACCAGACCAACCGCAGAGACAGUGGGCCUAAAUGACUUCCGUUGGUUAUGAGAUCAAGGCGGAUAUCGCACAAGAUGAGAGGAACCAGAUGUUGACCACGUACCUGUGGGUGCGUCAGAUCUGGCAUGAUGCUUACCUGCACUGGGAUAAAGAUGAGUACGAUGGACUUGAGGUCAUUCGAAUACCCGGUGACCUUGUUUGGAGACCGGACAUUGUUCUGUAUAACAAUGCGGAUGAGGAAGACUCCUCAGGACCUCCAGACACUAAUGUGGUGUUGAGGUAUAACGGUGAGAUCACUUGGGACUCCCCUGCCAUCACCAAGAGCUCCUGUAAGGUGGAUGUCUCUUAUUUCCCGUUUGACAGCCAGCAGUGCAAACUUACCUUUGGUUCCUGGACCUAUAAUGGCAACCAGGUGGACAUCAUUAUGGGCAUGGAGAGUGGUGACCUCUCAGACUUUGUGGAAAACGUGGAGUGGGAGUGUCACGGCAUGCCAGCUGUUAAGAACGUCAUAAUGUAUGGCUGCUGCUCCGACCCGUACCCUGACAUCACAUACACAGUCCUGCUUAAGCGCCGCUCUACAUUCUACAUCUUCAAUCUGCUCCUGCCGUGUUUCCUCAUCUCUUUCCUGGCUCCACUGGGUUUCUAUCUACCUGCUGACUCUGGGGAGAAGGUCUCACUGGGGGUGACAGUGCUUCUGGCUCUCACCGUGUUUCAGCUGAUGGUGGCCGAGAGCAUGCCACCUUCAGAAAGUGUUCCACUAAUAGGUAAAUACUACAUUGCAACCAUGACUAUGAUAACAGCUUCUACAUCUUUGACUAUCUUUAUAAUGAAUAUCCACUUCUGUGGAGCGGAGGCUAAACCUGUGCCCCACUGGGCCAAAGUCCUGAUCAUAGACUACAUGUCUAAAAUCUUCUUUGUGUAUGAGGUUGGGGAGAACUGCACAACACCUGAGAGCGAUCGAGGCUCGUUGUUCUCUGAAGACCCGCUGGCUAGCCUGGAGAGAGAUGUGUAUUUUAACAAAGGGUUUUAUGGUGACUGUCCAAACCACAGUCAGUUUAAUGGGUACAACAAUCACAGAGACCAUCGCCAUGAGAAGAAUCUCCAGGGCAAUGGACACCACCACAAUGACAAACGGCAGCAUAGACAAGAGCAUCAGAAGAGCACCCACCCAUCGUCAAAUUCUCCAGUGCCACAGAGUGCCCAUCACUCUAAGUAUGCACACUACAUCGGUCGAGAUGGAAGUGAUAAGCAACCACUGACGGGCCAGGAAAAACUGAAAGAAAGCGAACUCUCCAUUCCAGAAAAACUCAAUGGAUACACCUACGAUCACGGCAAUGGCUAUCUCAAUGGAGUUGCCUAUCACCAUGAUAAUGGCUACAGCAAAACCUGUGGACCAGACAAAUACAAUAAGACCACAACUGGCUCAGCAUGUAUCUGCGGCCAACAUCAGAAAGUGGUGCGAAACAUUGAGUAUAUCGCUAACUGUUUCAGAGAGCAGAGGGCACAACAGGCCAAAGGGGCAGAGUGGAAGAAAGUUGCUAAGGUGAUGGACAGGUUCUUCAUGUGGGUGUUUUUCAUCAUGGUUUUCCUCAUGAGCAUCCUUGUCUUGGCCGAGGCGACCUAGAGUCCUUUGCACCUUCAAGACACAGUCACAAGUGUUAAUAUAAUAUAAUGUGUCAAAGUCCAGUUAGUUACAUUUGUUUUUGCCACAUAAUAAUUUACCCUGUGUUUGUAGGCAAAUGGGCACAUGUUGUACAUUCAGU